AGUUUCUAAACAAAUCAAGCCGCAGAUAGGGAGUACGGAUAUUGGAAGAAUUUUAAUAUUUCGCUGCGUAUCUUUCCGCUGUUACAGUGUAGUGAGUUAAUUUUAACGUAUUUGGUUCGUCGCGCCAUUAAAUACUACGAUCUCAAAACGGCUAUCUCGUAUUAGGUAAAUGAUACAUCCAUCGAACAAAUCAUUGAGACGAUUUGCGUAUGAUGUUAUCUCCAUCUCUACAUACAUAUUUAAACUUAGAUAGAACCAACGAUAAUGCAAAAACAUUCCUUUCACUGUUUCGAACAAAAGUGGAAAGUUUCAUUAACGUGAUGAGAAAGAGAGGAGGAGAUUGCGAAGGAGAAAAGGAGAUUUUGUGGUGUUAUGCAUAAUUUUUAGAGUCUCAAAAAGACUGGAAAAGUCGCCAAUUCGACGACACAUUUUAUUUUAUCGAUUUGAAAAAUAUGCGAACGCAUUUGUGCGCGUAUCUUAUCAUUUGAAUAGUAUUUUCAUCGGGGCGCAGAAUGUCAGACAAUUGACAUUUCUUCGACAGAUGUUUGAAGUUCGAAUAGCUUCUUCGAAAUAAUAUCACCAUUAAACAACAUUUUCUUUGAUGCGUUAUGAAGAUCGGAAAAUUUCUACGAGAAGAGUAUAAUAUGGCCUUUUCUUAAAUCACUAGUUGUGCUGUGAAUUGUGUUGUAUCAAGCUACAAAAUUAACCAUGGCGUAGAAAAAAAAAGAUUCAUUUACGUUACCGCCGUUUCCAAAUGGGUGCUGUCAAAGUUGCGUGUCAGUGUGUUGGUAAAGAAACGAGCCGCGAAGUUGACUACGUUCUGUGGACUGCGGACGGACACAGUCAAACAAAUUCCGCGAAACUCGAAGGAACAUGAAAGUACGGUUCUCCGCGCGCGGCCAUCGUACGUUUUGUUCUUUAGCCAAAAAUAUCAAACUUCCCCAGCCAAAUCGCAAACGAUAAAGUCGCGUGUGGUUCGUUCAGUGCCGUGCACUUUACGUCUGUGUUUUCCAUGCUAAAGAAAGUACCAGAAAGCAGCAAUCCGGCUGCGACAGUGUGAAAAAUACGAGCAAAACAAAGCAUCAUUGCUGCUGUUGUUAUCCCGAAGAAGUGCGCACACACACGCUCACGCGGGUUGGGGAGCUGUGUGGAGAGGAGCGUGUGUUGUUGUCGUCAGUGGUGAAACCAGAACUACGAGACGACGACGGUGGCGAAGAUUCUCCUUCUGGGAAACGAAAUAACAUCCUACGGUGAAGGCUAAAUGUUGGUUUUUUCUUUGCCCCAUACACCGUUCGCACGAUGUGUCCAACGCGGCCCUAGAUGGCGAUGAUGUGAGCAAGGGUCCGAUUUUGGCGUUAACUAACAAUGAAAGAUAGAGAAAUGGAGAUGGAAGCGAUUGUACGAUAGAUGUGGAGAAGCCAUUUGGAGGUGUUAAUUUCGAUGGGUCGGUAGAAAUCGUAGCCCCUUCUGUCCAGUACGAUGCAAUCGAGACGAUGUUUGUGGUAAACAUCGCACAGGGUAGAGCUAUGCGGUCCUUGGGUUAGCGAUGGUGGGAGAACGUUUACGGGAGCAUCGAUCGUUUCAUCGUAAAGAAAAACACGCGUUUCGCACAAAUCCAAUGGUGCAGUGUUCCAGUUUGUCUCUAUUUCGGUGACUCACAGUGUGCGCUUUUCUGUGCAAUUCGUGCAGUUUGCAGUUCGAAGGUCAUUUCUAAGAAGAAGUGAAAAGCAUAAACCAAUCCCCAAGGCCCAAUCUAGCUACUCACACACCUGCAUUACGGUGGAUGGCAAAUAGCUCAGCAAGCCAUGAAGAAAAUUGUGGUUCUGACAUAACGUGCAUCGGUUGUUUUGCUUCGUAACGAUAUAUCCCAACGGGUUGAGUGAGCCAGCUUUUCGAUCUGUCUGAAACACACCCCCUACCUGAACCAGAGUUCAUCGACUGGCUGGCUGUUUAGUGUGCGAUCGGAAAGGGUGUCUAGUGUGGUUCUUCCGAUUCCAAUUGUUGUUUGCCGGCCUUCCAAUCAUAUCAUUAUCACCUCGUUGAGCACGUUUCCCACCCUGCAUUGAUGUGCGUAUGUGUGCGUGUGUGUGUGUGUGUACUAUUGAAACAUCAUCCUCCGAACGCAAGCGUGAGGGAAAGUGAAGAUCUCAUCUGCGUAGCGUAACGUGACACACAACCGCAACCGGAGUAGUGACCGUUAUAGCGAAAAAAAGCGGACCAAUUAUUAAAGAACAGCUCAUACACACAUACACGAGGUGUACACUAUUUACCGUGCAAAUGAAGAAGGUAAUGAUCCCUUCGUUGGAUAUGAAAAAGAGUAUUUCCGUGAAGGUAGAUAGUGAUCUGACAUUGCUACUGUCCAGUGGAGUGUACGAAAUCAAGAAGAUGGAGCCCCGCUGGAGGUUCCGACGACCGAUCAUCAUCUUCUGUCUGUUUCUCACCAUUGCCGGUAUCAUCGGCUUUGGCUACUACUGUCCGGAUCAGGUGUGUGCCCUUUCGCGCCGGGACAGCACCUCAUCGGCAGGGCUCGGUCUGUCGAGCGGUAGUUCCGGCCUGGAGCUAACGGCUGGUUACGAGCACGAUAAUCUCGGCAAACCGGUCCAGCAGAAUCUGCUGGCGAACCCGGGCCUCAGCUACGAGGAGGUGCUGAACGAUGACUUCCAGUUCGACAUGAACGCACACGACGUGAUGGUGUUUCUGCACAUCCAGAAAACGGGCGGCACCUCCUUCGGUAAACAUUUGGUGCGUGAUCUGGACCUGAAGCGUCCGUGCACUUGCCAGCGUAAAAAGAAACGCUGCUAUUGCUUCCGACCGCACCGGAACGAAAACUGGCUAUUUUCGCGCUAUUCCACCGGCUGGAAAUGUGGUCUGCACGCGGACUGGACCGAACUGACCGGGUGCGUCGAUCAGGAGCUGGACAAGAACGAGGGCGAAACGGCCAAGCGACGCUACUUCUACAUCACGUUACUGCGCGAACCGAUCGCGCGCUACCUGUCCGAGUUCCGGCACGUGCAGCGUGGUGCCACGUGGAAAAAUGCUCGCCAUUGGUGCCUGGGGCGGCACGCAACGCCCGACGAGCUUCCGCCCUGCUACAACGGUGCCAACUGGAAUGGUGUGGCGCUGGAUGAGUUCGCCGGGUGCGAAAGCAAUCUGGCCGCCAACCGACAGACGCGCAUGCUCGCCGACCUGGCCCUGGUCGGUUGUUACAACAAAACGUACAUGCCGGGUGCCGAACGGGACCGUAUCAUGUUGGCCAGCGCCAAGCGCAACCUAGCGGCCAUGUCCUACUUCGGUCUGACCGAGUACCAGAAGAUUUCGCAGUACAUCUUCGAAGAAACGUUCAACCUACGGUUCGCGAUACCGUUCGAGCAGCAUAACACCACCGUGUCGACGGUGACGAUGAACAGCCUGACACCGGGCCAGCGGGCCCGCAUCGACCAGCUGAACGCGCUAGACCUCGAGCUGUACGCGUUCGCGAAGAAGCUAAUGUUCCAAAGAUUCGAAAGACUCAAAGCCAAAGAUAACGACUUCGAGGUCCGGUUCGCGCAUCUGGGCAAUCUGGGCGUGCGGAGUGGCGUGACGGAGUUCAACUGGGACAGCAACAUUGACGACAUGCCCAGCAACGAGCAUCACUGAUAUCGGGCCCCGCGGGCCCGUUCGGCUCCGGCGAUGAUGACACCGCAGGAUGACCGCGACCGUAUCAUCACCACCGGCACUGCUGGUGGAGGACGGCGGCGCUGGAAGUCGGACAGUGGCAGCGGUGGACCGUUGCCGGCCAUCGGACCAUCGUCGUUUCGUGCAGCGGUGUCUAGCGGAGGCGGUAACCACAGUACCGUGGCCAAUGCCGGUACCGUCGCUCAUCAAAACUCAAUCAAUCAUCAGCGCGCCGGAAGCGGUGGCGGUGGAUACGCGAGACCGUCACACGGUGACGUUGACAACCCCAUUAGUGCUAAGCUCAAUCUGACGACUAGUCCUAGCAGUGAACGUAGGCGUAAGAAGACUAAUAAGCAACACCCCGAACAACGCAUCCGCAAGCACGAGAAUACGCACCCGACCGUUGAUGCAACUAAGCUGUUGCAGCGAUAGAACCGUCGUCGUGCGAUACAAAGCCUGAGCGAUGAUAUGAUCGUAGUGCGCAAUGUUCUGCGCACGGUAGCAUACUUACCGGGAACGGUAUGGAUCGGAUGCGUGCUGUUGCGGUUACUAAAUUGGAUAUCGAAUACGAAACGGGAUAACAGUGAUGAGAUGGGCGCCAAAGUGGAUCAAAGAGAUUAUUGGACAAUGGGCCGCCCUAUACCCCACCACCAGCAGUAGUAGUGUAAAGGUGACAGUAUAAGCUUUUAAAAAAUUCAUUCAAUCGUUGCCCCGUGUUGCACAUAAUGCUUCAUUAGCAUCGAUUCGUCAUCCAUGCUGGAAUGGAGAAGCAACGCGCUGGACGUGCAGAGCUUUCGUUGCGUAUAUUUGACCUUCCCCAGAUCGGGAGCUCUUUCGUUACGAUUUCAGACCGUACGGAUGGUGUCAAGGCAGUGGUGGUGUACUGUGUAAGGCUUUAGUUUAGCUGUAAGAAAUUUAUCAUAAAAAAAUAGACAGUGAAGUGUUUUGUCGAAACGCUAGCAACAAGUAACAACACGUUGAAUAUCGCGGACUUAGACAAAAAAGUCAGUUAAACACACAUUCACCUGUGGUUGUUUGCUCUUGUAGGCAUAUCCGCACAAAUGCAUUCUCAGGGGAAAACGAAAAGUGACAGCAAAGUGUAAACUGCAUUAAUUUUAAAACGUUCGCUUGUAAAGCGGCGGUUUACAAAUGGUAAGAGUUUUUAAAAAUGAAACUCACGAGCAGUAGAAAUCCAGAAGUGUGCGAAACAAGGGCAGCUGUAGAGCGAAAUGAAGUUUUGAAAAGAUGUUGCUAGAAGGUGUAGAAAGUGUUGGUGGUUCAGUCGUGAAUGCAUCAUCUGUGCCGUUGAACGCGCGGAUAUGCAGUGAAGAUUGACUUCCGUUUGUUUCUCGUUCGUCCUACUUGUGAUACCGUACUGGAAACGACUCACAGAACAAAACAGAACCGAAAAUACUCCGACGACUGAUGAAACGCCCCAUUCGUGUACGGUUUAAUGGUAUCGUCGCGAGACGAGGCACGCGUAUACUACCGACCGACCGGGUGAUGAAAAGUGAAAUGUGAAACUCGUACUCACUGAAAUCUUCGAGUUAACGAGUUAAUGUAACCUGUCAUCAUGUCACCAUGCUCGGUACCCGUGCAUCGUCAUCCCGCUGGUUUCAUCAUCCAGGAUCGUCCUUAGACGCACAGUCAUCUCCAUUUCGCGUCACCGGAAAUGGAUGUGUGUAAUACCAUAGUGCAACAUCUUGAAGGGCAGACUGUGUGGUGCACGGUCCGACCGACCGAGAUUUACCGAGAGAAUGAGCAGAAAAGGCACAAAUCUUCCGACACGUCAGACGAAUAAGAGUGCACCAUGUUCCAAGAACGUCACACCGGUUGUUCACUAGCGAUGCGAACGACGGUCCUCUGGCCUAUGACCUCGUUUACGUAUUCGAGCGCAAUGUAUGUUGGUGAGCAAUCAAGCUCUGGCAUGAAGGAAGCACACAAUGUUUGCUAUGUGACUUGGGGUCGUAUGUGGAGAUGUACACGUGGACGUCUGAGGAAGGUAUACAAGCAGCUACCAUUUUUGUGCUGUCGCUGAUGUUAUGCCUGGUUCCAUCUCCUCCUCCCAUCCCGUCAUUGUGGUCGCUUUCUUCAGUGAUUAGUGUUCCACGACGGGAAGGACCUCCUCCACGGGUGGGGGCUAGUCCGACACACACACACUACUCGAAACAACUCGACAGGAUAAAGCUGACGCCGCGAACAGGAAUGAUCCACUCACAGGAGCCAGAACGGUUGGAAUAAUGUAAAAAAACACACAGAAACAGGCAGCUUUCUCCAAGCGCGGUUAAGCAAUAGUAGACUGCCCGACAAACGCGUCUCGGUGUUGCCGGAUCAUAACGACGCGCUCCCCCUUCGGCGGUAGCAGACGAACGAAGACUUCUUGAUGCUGGAUAGCUUUGGGAAGAUCCGGUUGCUUCUAAUAAUGCCAGCAGUCCGUGCUAAUAAUGGAUGAAACUCUAUUUUACGCUUUUGGAAGCACCACCACGUACUCUACAACACAGUACUAUCCUGCUUAAUGCUCUGAUAAUGCUCUCUUCAACAACAAAUUCAUCCAGACAAAAAACAUAUGGAGAACGGCGCCGCAUAACUCGCAACACUUGUACAGUUUUAGUUAAUAAGCUUUUAGCGUGUAGUAUAUAAGCGCAACCUCUAGGGCAUGUGAAUAGGUAAAAGCAGCCUUACCCAUAGUGCGUGUUCCCUAACUGGACACAUCUUUUCAUUUAGACAUUUAGAUUUUGUUAGAUUUAGGGUUAAAACUACUACGUUUUAUAUUGUUAUAAUCCCCAAAAAAGGAUAGGAAGAAAGAAUUGUCACUGUGAAGGAAACAAUCUUGAAAAUUGGAUCAGGACAUCAGGAACAGAGAAUGGAACACGCAAAGCGAACAACCGUGAAGAGAAUGUUUCCGCAACGCCGCUAGAAGAGUGAGCGGUGGCGUACCAAAGAUUAUAAAAGCGAGAGCUUUUGCACUUGUUUUUGCAUCGGGGGACAGUCAAGGGGGUUUUAGUUUGUGGCACAUCUGCAUUAUGUGUUACAUCCGCACAACGGUGAUGUGUGUGUGUGUGUCAUUUUUUAUACGAUAAAUUGCAACCGGUGCCAGAAGAAAGUUAGUCAGACAAAUAACUAAAGCAGGAAGCACACAAGUACUACCACGCGCAUCAUCAUGUGCUAGAGAAGAUCUCGAUGCGUGCUUUUAUGUUUUAUAGCUAGCUUGCAAAGCUAAUAACGAGUAGAAGUGUUUAGUUUUAAACUUUGUUUCCUUUUUUUUCCUAAUUCCUCAACCCAUCGGAGGGCUGUCCUUCGCCGUGUAUAGGGUUAUGGGGAAAGCCCGGAAGUGUGUGUGAAUUAGGCGGGGGAACACUUUUCAACUUUUCAUCAAAUGCAAUUUCAUAAACCAUAGUGCAAUAGUAUGAAAGCAUGGAGGAAAAGCAAGCAUCAACACAUGUGAGUGUGUGUGUGUGUCUUAUUUCAAUAACAUGGCAUAACAAACAUUACACAACAUUCAAAAAUACGACAAAAUCAUAUCAAAACGAAAUAGAACGAUAGAAUAGAGAGUGAAAAAGGUUCAUGACAAGUGCAGAAGAGUUAAUAAGCGAGGGAAAAGUAAAUAUUACCUAUAAGAGCGAAUUAUAGGAAAACAGGUGUAACACUUCAAAUCAACAAAAUUACACGUUAAAAUGGGGACAAAGUUUAAAAACAUGAUAGCAAUUAACGUUGGUAAUGGAUUUUAACAUUCUGGAUUUUGUUAUAUGUUUUACCCAAAAACAAAAAGGAUGAAUUUUAUCAGCACUACUUUCCCUUUUUGAAGAAAAAAAAUUGUAAGAAGAAUCACAAUUUUCAUAAGAACCUUUCCCUUAUUGCUGCGAUUGUAAGAAGACGCGCAAGGAAGCAUACAAAUUCCCACCGGUUUGAAAUGAAACGAGGAAUAGCAAAACUCUGUAAGCAACCAAAAGGGGUUCUAUAUCAGGUUUUUUUUUCUAAAAUCACUAUCCAGUCAUCUUGCACCACACAGUGUCCAUUACACACAAUUCAUCGAAAGCACACAAACAAAGCUUAAUCAACUUUAGCUCGUAUUGUAACUUUUCUUUUUAUUUAAUUUUUCUUUCUUUUUGUCAUUCAUCUCCCUAUCGCUUUACACAUAAAAACUCACAGGAGAUAGAAGAGAACAGCUACACGAUAUAUACCACCAAUACAGCGCCACCCUCCCCCAAAAAAACACAUUGAACUUUGUGAAUGAGGUUAAUUUAGUUAUGCUUCGUGCGGUUUGGCGGAUCUUUUUGCCCGAAACCCCACACAAAUAAACCUUUAGCAAGGUUCGAAGGGACUGUAGUUCCUUAACAGGCAGCCAGUACAGGCAUUAACACAAAUCCUCAGCCUCUCCUAGACAGAGACGUGCCUAGGGUCGGUCACCAUUGGCUCUUUGUUUUGAUGUAGGACGGAUGCGAGGAAAUUAUAACAAUUUAUUGUUUGCGAUACUUCGAUAAAAACGGGACAGGGAGCAAGGGAUAAAACCGCGGGUUUGCGGAUGGAAAGAGGGGGCGGGAUGCGUUCAUUUAUUAUUUGAUUGCCGUUGUAGGAAGAAGCGUUUUUGUGAUUCGCUAAUUUUCGCCAUAAAUUUCCCAAACCCCUCCACCACCCCCCGGGGCUGUGCAAGAAGAUGCGCGAUGUGAAAUGUUAAUCCCAUCUGUAACAACAGUGGCAUGUGAAAAAGGGACCUUUUUCCAGGGUUGUGGCGAAAAAAGCAGUAAAUUCAAAAGAGAGCUUUAUGUGUGAACGGGAAAAAUCCCACACACCCAUGCGGUUGCCAGAGGGGUAGCCAAGGACAAAAACACGCACCUGGGUAUGAGAUAAUCGUAGUUGGCGAGCUUAUUUUCUUGUUCGGUGAAGCUUUUGUCAAUGGUUUUGUUUGUUUUUCACAAUUCGUUGUACUGUCUGUUUUAUUAUUUUCAACCAAAAAAACCAUGUUUCAAUUAUAACACGCGCAAAUCAAACAAAACUAGUUGCAUUUAAAGGAGUAAACGAAUAUUUCAUAGCUGAAAAACUGACUUCAAAGGGCCACAGAACCCGUGCGUGUGCGUGUGUGGUUUGUCUGUAAGGAGUAGGUUAACAGGGAAAGGAACAACAAACGGAUACAAUUAAACCAAAUAUAGCAACAAAACAGGUGCGUUGCCCAUCUUCUGUUUGGUUCUUUUCCGAUCUUAACCCCCUCAAUUUUGUAUGUAGCGUUACUAUAAUGUAUAAGCGCAAAAAGUGAUUGAAAAAUAUAGUGCGAAAAAGCAACGUUUAGAUUGUAAGCGAAAUACUUUCAGGUUGAGAAUACAGGCCAUUUGUACAGAACGGAAGCAUUUUGUUAGGCAUUAGUAAGGUGCAGUAGAAAUAAAAUGUUGGGGCGAAGGAAAAUUUGUGAACGGAGAAAGGAUAGAAACAACACGCAAAAAAAUCCACAUACACCACGUUGCAAAACGCGUAACGAGUACGCAUAAACAAAGAUUAUAUUAUGAUAUGAACAAAAUAAAAUCUUACCGAGUGAGGUGCAUAAAUUUAA